CAAAUCUCUAAGGCUGAGAGUAAUAUGCUAACCAACCAUGACUCUCAGGCAUACCAACGCCAGUCUUCCAACCGAAUUCAGAAGCUUGUACCGGCUCUUUCUUCGAGCUAAUUCCGCGGUGGUGCUGCACCACUCUCCGUCGAAAACUCAAGUUCGUCGGCUGUGGAGGCCUGUCUUCGACGAGGCUGCAUUCAAAAUCCACAGGCUUCAUCACCCCGACAUCUGUUCAUCUGAGCGGAUGAAUAUUGUCCGGUGGCUAUAUACAUGGCACAAACGGGUGGAUCAUACGCUUUCGCUACUCGCGACCGCGGCGGUAUCACGAGGACUUGCCCAUAAAAUCACUCGCAAUCUGAAAUGGCUACGACGAAACCAUGUUUUGUGGGUCGAAAAGUUGUAUUAUUCCCACAAGCCUUUUUGGAGACCGCAACUCCCUCGGACGUCUGCGCAAUACCAGCCGUAUUCUCUUCCGGCACCUGGCACCAGACCCGAUCAUACACUCAGGAGAAAUAGAAAAUUGAGGUUGUUUGACGAGCAGUGUUCGAACGCGGUUGGUGAGGUCGUAAAGAUGGCUGAAGGAAGGCAUGAUAUCAUUCUGGGGAGACUUCGGCUUAAACGAUGGCAGCACGAGUGGUCGUCAUGACUGCAAUCGUGAUUGAGACCAUAUGAUUGGUUCAUCAAACGAGGAUUGACGCAAGUCAACUACCUUCUUUUGUUGUACACCUGCCCACAUGCUCAACUGACACUUGUUUACGCCCGGAGACAAUCUUAAAGUGAUACUAGAUCCAUUCCUUAUCACCGCAAGACAACGAAUUCUGGCGCCUAGUAUUAUGCGGCUCAUCCAGCAAACUCCCUUUAGCUUUGGGCUAUUCUAUUCACG